CUCACGGUUCCGGCAGGAUUACGUCAGACAACAACAUGGCGGCAACAAUUCGUCUUCUCCGAGGAAAAUUGUCGCGUUCAUCUGUGUUAGAUUUCCUUAAAAGCCAUACCUUCACGACAGUGAUCUUAAGGCUAAGCUCAGGAAAUUUAUCGAGAUGGUGGAGGCUCUUUCUUCCUUCCAAAAAGAGCUUACAAUGGAGAGUUGUAGCGGGAUCAACCGCUGGUAUGCUCUGUGGAGGAAUUACUCUUUGUAUGAGCUCAGGUGUUUCUGAGAGAAUGUGCAGAUUAGCCAAACAUAAUGACACCAGUGAACUCCAAAGACUGAUCAAUCAAGGUCAGAAUGUAAAUCAAAAGCAUUUGCUGGGAUGGACUCCACUUCAUACUGCAGCUUUUAAUGGUAGUGAGAGGUCUUUGGCACUUCUACUAAAGGCAGGAGCUGAUGUCAAUGCAAGAGAUGAAUUCAGCACAGCUUUCCGAACUGCUCAAAAGAAGCACAUGAGGUCUUUUGAUGUGAUAUUGAUGCGAGAUGAUGACUUCAGUGACAGACUCCAUCGCAGUGCUAACUUCAGUGGCUUCACUCCACUCCAUUAUGCAGCUCUUGGUGAUAGCCUCGAAUGUGUUCAACUCCUUGUUAAUGCUGGAGCCGAUCCAACUCUUAAGGAUAACUCAGGCUACCAAGCAGUAGAAUAUGCUGGGAAUGUAAAGAUUAAAGAAUUCUUGAUGAAAAAAAUGGAUGUGUAUGUGAAAGAGAAAGAGAGGAAAGAGAUUGAGGAAAGACGGCGCUAUCCUUUGGAGAUGAGAUUGAAAGAGAAUAUUGUUGGACAAGAAGGAGCCAUUCUCACAGUUGCUGCAAGUAUG